GUGGCCGAAUAUCAUUGGACGGCGUCAUCAACACUUUGAAGACAGAUUUCUCUCCAUUUGGGCGGAGCUUUUCAAGCAGCAACUCCCCCGUUUUCAAGCAGCAACUCUCCUCGGACCUUCCUACCUUCUUCUUCUCAUUGCUCACUCUCAUUAUCUCUCCCUUUCUGCUUUCUCGCUCCUCAGCUCUUCGGGUCCCAAAAGCCUUCCCUUUUCUGUUCACAUUCAACCCUUCUUCAUUCCUUCAUUCAUUCAUUUUGAUCUUGUUCCGAGACAAUUGAGUAAGGUCGCUUUGUUUUCAAAAUGGAUGCCAUAAUGCCCAUUUGCAAGACUGUAACUCCAACUCCUGGCUUAUUUUUUGGGAGAACUAGAGAGAUACGGAGUUCCCAAUGUAGCUUUAUGGUGGGAAAUAAAGUCAACUUUUUAAGGCAGAGAGCUCAGGGUGCUCAAGUUAGUUUCAAAUCCAGGAAGCAUGGGGGAGCUCUCCAUGCUACAUGUCAAGCUGAAAAAAUUCUGGUGGCAAAUAGAGGAGAAAUUGCUGUUCGCGUUAUUCGAACUGCCCAUGAGAUGGGAAUACCUUGUGUGGCUGUUUACUCAACAAUAGACAAGGACGCACUUCAUGUGAAAUUGGCUGAUGAAUCAGUUUGUAUUGGUGAAGCAGCAAGCAGUCAGUCGUACUUGGUUGUUCCAAAUGUUUUAUCUGCUGCUAUCAGUCGGAAAUGUACAAUGCUGCAUCCGGGAUAUGGUUUCCUGGCUGAGAAUGCAUCAUUUGUUGAAAUGUGCAGAGAACACGGAAUCAACUUUAUUGGGCCUAAGCCUGACAGCAUCCGUGUUAUGGGUGAUAAAUCGACUGCCAGAGACACAAUGAAGAAAGCAGGUGUUCCAACUGUACCAGGAAGUGAUGGAUUACUACAGAGCACAGAGGAAGGAAUCAGGCUUGCCGAUGAGAUUGGCUUUCCUGUUAUGAUCAAGGCAACAGCAGGAGGUGGAGGACGUGGCAUGCGUCUUGCUAAACAACCUGAAGAGUUUGUGAAGUUGUUGCAGCAAGCGAAGAGUGAGGCUGCAGCUGCUUUUGGAAAUGAUGGAGUUUAUUUGGAAAAGUACAUCCAAAAUCCUAGACACAUUGAAUUUCAGGUUCUUGCAGAUAAAUAUGGUAAUGUUGUUCACUUUGGAGAGCGGGAUUGCAGUAUCCAGAGAAGGAACCAAAAGCUGCUGGAAGAAGCACCCUCCCCCGCAUUGACCCCAGAAUUGCGUAAAGCUAUGGGUGAUGCAGCAGUUGCCGCAGCAGCAUCAAUUGGUUACAUUGGUGUUGGAACCGUUGAAUUCCUUUUGGAUGAAAGAGGCUCCUUUUACUUCAUGGAAAUGAACACUCGUAUUCAGGUUGAGCAUCCUGUGACAGAGAUGAUUUCCUCUGUUGACUUGAUUGAAGAACAAAUUCGUGUAGCUAUGGGAGAAAAACUUCGAUACACACAGGAUGAGAUAGUGCUCAGAGGACACUCAAUUGAAUGUCGUAUCAAUGCAGAAGAUGCUUUUAAAGGAUUCCGACCUGGGCCAGGAAGAAUAACUGCCUACUUACCAUCUGGAGGUCCCUUUGUUAGAAUGGAUAGCCAUGUUUAUCCUGAUUAUGUGGUUCCUCCAAACUAUGAUUCCCUUCUUGGAAAGCUUAUUGUUUGGGCACCAACAAGAGAAAAGGCAAUUGAACGAAUGAAGAGGGCUCUUGAGGACACUAUUAUAACAGGGGUUCCCACAACCAUUGAAUAUCAUAAACUUAUCCUUGAUAUAGAGGAUUUCAAAAAUGGGAAGGUUGAUACUGCUUUUAUUCCAAAGCAUGAAGAGGAGCUCGCCGCGCCCCAACAUUUGGUGCCAAAGAACUAGCUGGUGCAUCUGCUUGAAGUGCUACCAUCUGCUCUAGUCGACCACAUUAGAAAAGCUGCAAAUCAUUCACUUUUUUUUUUCUUUUUUUUUUUGGAAUUUUAGUUAUUUAAUUUGUGUUCUUGUUUUUUUUAUAGCACUAGGAACAUUGACAUGCCUUGCAUAUGAAAAUUCCGUUUGAAAAUUUGAUAUGUUCUUCUGAUUCAUUUGGGUGUUCAAACUUGUUUUGCGCACCAUA